GGCGGAGACGCCGUUGCCAGAGAAGCCACUAGCCGGUUACUAGCUGAGCUUUUGUUCCACUUGAGAGGGGAUUCUUCCGCGGCAAGCAGGUCUAGGAAUUCGCCUGCUUCCCACUUCGCGUCCCUUGCCUUCCUUCCUACUCUACCCACUGUAGUGCCUCCUGCGUCCCGCUCCCUCCUAGCCGACCCACACUACAGGAAGGAUUGCCAGAGUUUCCACUGCAGCAGCCGUGGUGCCUCUGACCCUUUUUAUAGCGCGGCGACGGCGGGCUGACGUCACGACGACGUGCGGACGCAGCGGUGGGGGCCUUAUGUGGAGAAGUUGCUGUGAAGCCACCUUUAAAUCCAUUUACUGAGUUUAUGGAGACGGCUAUAAAUGAUGGAAGUCAUUCAGAAGAACUCUUUUCCCAUCUUAAAACUAUAUCAGAGAAAGAAGAUUUACCACGGUGUACCAGUGAAAGUCAUCUCAGCUGCCUGAAGCAGGACAUCCUAAAUGAAAAGACUGAAUUGGAAGCGACACUUAAGGAAGCGGAGUUGGUAACUUGUUCUAUAGAAUUACUUUUGCCACUAUUUAAGGACACCAUUGAAAAGAUUAAUUUUGAAAAUGCGAAUCUUUCAGCAUCGAAUUUGAAGAUUUCCGAACAGAAGGAAAUAUUAACAAAAGAAUUAGACACUUUCAAAAGUGUAAAACUAGCUUUAGAACAUCUUCUUAGAGAGCGAGACUACAGACAAACAGGAGACAAUUUACCCAGCAUGUUGCUAGAAAAUUUAAUGGAUAAUGAAAGUGAAAAUACUAAUCUUAAGAAGAAGGUAUUUGAAAAGGAGGCCCAUAUCCAAGAACUUUCUUGUUUGUUUCAGACUGAAAAGGCAAAUACUUUGAAAGCAAACCGUUUUUCUCAAUCAGUAAAAGUAGUACAUGAACGACUACAGAUCCAAAUUCAUAAAAAGGAAGCCGAGAACAAUAAGUUGAAAGAAUACGUAAAGAGCUUAGAAACCAAGAUAGCCAAGUGGAGCCUGCAAUUGAGAAUGAAUAAGAAUGAGGCUGUAGUGAUGAAAGAAGCAAGUAGGCAAAUAGCUGUAGCUUUAAAAAAGGCAUCUAAAGUUUACAAACAAAGGCUUGACCAUUUUACAGGAGCUACUGAAAAACUUACUUCCCAAAUUAGAGAUCAGGAAGCCAAGUUGUCUGAAACAAUUUCAACUUCCAAUGCCUGGAAAAGUCAUUAUGAGAAAAUUGUAAUAGAAAAAACUGAAUUGGAAGUACAGAUUGAAACAAUGAAAAAGCAAAUCAUCAAUCUUUUGGAAGCUCUGAAGAAAAUGGAAGACGAUGGAAAAAAUUCAUGUGAAGAAAUUCUUAGGAAAAUUCACUCAAUUGAAUAUGAAAAUGAAACUCUGAAUCUUGAGAAUACAAAAUUAAAGCUUAGAUUUCCAUGUAGAAUUACUGAGUCAAAGAAUAUGAACAUUUUGAAUGUUCUUGAUAUGCUUUGCUACGUUUCUUCUGAAAAGACUACACUUGCUGCUUUGAAGGAUGAAGUUGUUUCUGUUGAAAAUGAACUCUUAGAAUUGCAAGAAGUAGAAAAAAACCAGAAAACCCUUGUUGAAAUGUAUAAAACUCAGGUACAAAAGUUGCAAGAAGCAGCUGAAAUAGUAAAAAGCAGAUGUGAAAAUUUGCUACAUAAAAAUAACCAAAUAACAAAAACCAAAAAUAAAAAUAUAGAGAAGAUGAAAGGCCAGAUGGAGUCUCAUCUGAAGGAGUUAGAGCAUGUCUGCGAUUCCUUGAUGGCAGCUGAACGGAGGCUUCACGAGUGUCAGGAGAGUCUGCAGUGCUGCAAGGGGAAGUGUGCAGACCAGGAACACACCGUUAGGGAGCUUCAGGGCCAGGUUGAUGGAAAUCACAGUCUUCUGACAAAGCUUUCUCUGGAAGAGGAAAACUAUCUUAUUCAGUUGAAGUGUGAAAACCUUCAACAAAAAUUAGAACAGAUGGACACAGAAAAUAAAGAGCUUGAGAAGAAGCUGGCAAACCAAGAAGAAUGUCUUAAGCACAGCAAUCUUAAGUUUAAAGAGAAAUCUGCAGAAUAUACAGCAUUGGCCAGACAACUGGAAGCCGCUUUAGAAGAAGGUAGACAAAAGGUUGCUGAAGAAAUAGAGAAAAUGUCAUCUAGAGAGAGAGCUUUACAAAUUAAAAUAUUAGAUCUGGAAACUGAGCUUAGAAAGAAAAACGAAGAACAAAAUCAACUUGUUUACAAAAUGAACAGUGAUCCAGAGAGUCCAUUAAAUCUAUUUUUUUUAUUCCCAAGUGUCUAAAAAGUUGAAAACCUGAAAGAUUCAAGGGUUAAAUGACUUUUGGCAUGCACAAUUUGAUUUUAUUGCCAUCAAAAGUUUCAUGACAACUUAAUCAGAACAAAAUGUCGAUCACCUUUAAUUUAGCACAGGCCUUCCAUUUAUUUCAAAACUUUUUUUUAAACUCACCAUUAGAGUUUCUGACAUUGUAAAAUAUGUGUGCUGUUUUUUGUGUAAUUGAAGCCUCUGAAAAAAUAAAUGAGGUGGGUUUUGCUGUAAUAGCCCUAGUACUUGGCUAAAGUUAGUAAAAUAAAUAGAUUCCAUUCACAAUUGCUACCAAGAGAAUAAAAUAUUUAGGAAUACAACUUACAAGGGAUGUGAAGGACCUCUUCAAGGAGAACUAUAAACCACUGCUGAAGAAAAUAAGAGAGGACACAAACAAAUGGAAAAACAUCCAUGGUCAUGAAUAAGACAAAUCAAUAUCAUGAAAAUGGCCAUACUCCCCAAAGUAAUUUAUAGAUUCAGUGCUAUCCCCAUCAAGCUACCAUUGAUUUUCUUUACAGAAUUAGAAAAAACUACUUCAAAUUUCAUUUGGAACCAAAAAAGAGCCCACAUAACCAAGACAAUCCUAAACAAAAAGAACAAAGCUGGAGGCAUCACAUUACCUGACUUCAGACUAUACAACAAGGCUACAGUAACCAAAAUAGCAUGGUACUGGUGCCAAAACAGAUACAUAGACCAAUGGAAUGGAACAGAGGCCUCAAAAUAACACCACACAUCUACAACCAUCUGAUCUUUGACAAACCUGACAAAAGCAAUGAGGAAAGGAUUCCCUAUUUAAUAAAUGGUGUUGGGAAAACUGGCUAGCCAUAUGCAGAAAACUGAAACUGGAUCCCUUCCUUAUACCUUAUACAAAAAUUAACUCAAGAUGGAUUAAAGACUUAAAUGUAAGACCUAAAACCAUAAAAACCCUAGAAGAAAACCUAGGCAAUACCAUUCAGGACAUAGGCAUGGACAAAGACUUCAUGACUAAAACACCAAAAGUAAUGGCAAUAAAAGCCAAAAUUGACAAAUGGGAUCUAAUUAAACUAAAGAGCUUCUGCACAGCAAAAGAAGCUAUCAUCAGAGUGAACAGGCAACUGACAGAAUGGGAGAAAAUUUUUGCAAUCUAUCCAUCUGACAAAGGGCCAAUAUCCAGAAUCUACAAAGAACUUAAACAAAUUUACAAGGAAAAAAACCCCAUCAAAAAGUGGGCAAAGAAUAUGAACAGACACAUCUCAAGACAUUUAGGCAGCCAAAAAAUAUAUGAAAAAAAGCUCAUCAUCACUGGUCAUUAGAUAAAUGCAAAUCAAAACCACAGUGAGAUACCAUCUUAUGCCAGUUAGAAUGACGAUCAUUAUAAAGUCAGGAAGCAACAGAUGCUGGAGAGGAUGUGGAGAAAUAGGAAUGCUUUUACACUGUUGGUGGGAGUGUAAAUUAGUUCAACCACUGUGGAAGACAGUGUGGCGAUUCCUCAAGGAUCUAGAACCAGAAAUACCAUUUGACUCAGCAAUCCCAUUACUGGGUGUAUACCCAAAGGGUUAUAAAUCAUUCUACUCUAAAGACACAUGCACACAUGUGUUUAUUGCAGCACUAUUCACAAUAGCAAAGACUUGGAGCCAACCCAAAUGCCCAUCAGUGAUAGACUGAAUAAAGAAAAUGUGGCACAUAUACACCAUGGAAUACUAUGCAGCCAUAAAAAAGGAUGAGUUCAUGUCCUUUGCAGGGACAUGGAUGAAGCUAGAAACCAUCAUUCUCAGCAAACAAACACAAGAACAGAAAACCAAACACCGCAUGUUCUCACUCAUAAGUGGGAGUUGAACAAUGAGAACACAUGGAUACAGGGCAGGGAACAUCACACUGGGGCCUGUCAGGGCAUGGGGGGCUAGGGGAAGGAUAACAGUAGUAGAAAUACCUAAUGUAGAGGAUGGAUUGAUGGGUGCAGCAUACCACCACGGCAUGUGUAUACCUAUGUAACCAACCUGCACAUUCUGUACAUGUAUCCCAGAACUUAAAGUAUAAUAAUAAUAAAAAAUAAAGAUCUGA